AUGGUACUAGUUCAACAUUAUUCUUCUAAGAUGAUGUUUGGAGGCAAUGUGACUUAUCCAUUCUUGGGUAGAGAUGGCAAGGCUGAGACACUCUGGACAAAUGGAUGCAUUGAUAAGAUGGAAGAUAAGAAGGCUUUAAAGACGUGGCAGCACCUUUAUGGAGGCUUGAGUCGCGAAGGGGAUGAUGGUUCAGCGUUUGCGCUGUAUGACAAUGUAGGUGUGGUCGGGAAAGCCUUAGAGUCUUGA